AUGAGCAAAAAAGGCUGGUUGAAAGUAGAUGAUGUUACGUCACUAACAAAAGAGGAAGAAAAUGACAGACAGCAACGAGUAUAGAUUGCCAGCGGCAAACGAAAUGCCAGGCGUACGGACCAUGAAGAUUUCCCUGGUGAAUCAGCGAAGAGAGCAAGAACAAACAAUGCCAGUUUGUUGGAAGUCUGCAUUGAUAAAAUAAUCUCCUUUGGAAAGCUGACUGGUGACACCGUGAACUUGUAUUUUGAAUCUUUGAGAAAUAAUCAGGUAUUUGGAGAAGGGCAGUGGGGAUUUGCAACUUCCUACUUUUAUCCUUCAUUACAUCGACCGGUCGAAAAAUCUACAUACUCCAAACACAUAGGCAACAAGACUCUGUGGGAGUACGAACAAUUAAUGGUACCAGUGCACCUUCCUACUGAACACCAUUGGCUCCUGAUCGUCAUAAGUGUUAUUAAUCUGUGCCUUUACCUUUAUGAUUCCGCUAUUUGUACCACAGCAACUCAUCAAACAAUUUUCGACACGAUCAAAGAAAGAUUCAUCAGAAAUGAACUUCAGUGGCUUUCUGAUGAGGACAAAACUCUCUUCCAGGAGGAUAAUUGGGACGAGUGUACACCUCAAUGUCCAAAGCAAAGGAAUGAUACCGAUUGUGGUGUAUUUACUUGUCCUUUCGCAAAACAGUUAUUGUUUUCGAGAGACAACCACUCCGGUCUUACUCUCAACGAAGAUCUUCGAACUGAAAUGGCAAUUGAUUUAUUAAAUCUUGCAUCAGCUUUGCGCAGUGACGAUCUACCGGAAGUUUACCAGUGGAUGACAGACUGCCAGCAAGCUUCCGACAACAGCGCAUCACCAAAAAGUCGGUUGGAUAAGGAAGUGGGAAAUGCAGGACUCACGUAUCGCCAGCCCCCAACCCCCGCAGAUGGGAACUGUUUAUUCCAUGCGAUGAACGACCAACUAAUUCGCCUAGGAAGAGUAUCGUGCAGUGGCACAAAAUUGCGAUCUGACCUUGUAAAUUAUCUCCGAAGUAAUCCAGCCACCCCGGACGGCACUCAUUUUAGUGAAUUUAUCAAUCUUGGAGCAUGGGAUACCUAUCUGCGGAGGAUGGCUAUGGAUGGCGAGUGGGGUGACUGGAUUGCCCUACGGGGCCUUAUUAACAUGCUCGAAAUCCCGGUGGCCAUCGUGUCAAGCUUAGGAGAAACAGGAUUGAACGUCAUCUACCCAGCCGAUUAUCAAAACGAAGCGCAAGCAACUGGAGAUAUGGCCUUGCUGGGACAUGAAGCUGAGCUUCAUUAUCAUAGCCUGGAACCAAUGGCUUCUCAGAAACCACAACUAGCCCUUGUCCAGGAAUUAAAGAAAAAAAUAUGGCGAAGGAAAAAUAACAGAAGAAAUUUUUCCCAAAUGUGGAAGACAAUUCGAGUGCUACACACGAGGUGUUUUUCAGAGCGGUGA